GUGCGGGGAGCUAUGUGGUGACAUACGGGGUGUAUGCUGGAUGAUGAGAGCUCACUGAUGUGGCAUAUUAAGCCGAGGUGGAACUGCAUUCUGCUGUUGGUUGUGCCGAGGCAAAGACCGGUCAUCAUAAUUGCACAUCAGGUUGUCGGUGAGAAAUCUGUGGUUGGGGGCAGCAUUUAUGAGCCGCUGCAGCAAGCCCCUGGGCCCAUGCAGCCUAUGCAGUGGAUGCCCAAGAUUCCUCUGCUGAGUCCUAAACCUUUUUCUAAAGACAGGAAGAAGGAUGAGGAUCUAGAUACCUGGGUAAGGACUGUGACUACAUAUGUGAGGCAUAAGCUUACAAGGCCAGAGCAGGAAGUUGUAGUUGCUGCGUCCUUUCUAGAAGGAUCAGCAGCACGUUGGUUGAAUGGGUUAGUGCAGCCGCAGGGCUACGGUCAGAAUUUCGAUGCAUGGGCACAGGCCCAGACAAUGGAACAGUUCGUACAGACUGUGUACAGGAGGUGGCAUGACCCUCAAGGGGCUCAGAAGGCCACUGAUGCGAUGAACAAUCUGUGUGCCAAGAAGUACAAGAAUGUUCGCGAAGUCACAGACACUGUAGAACGUCUGAUCGUAGUACCUGGUGUGCGCUUUGACUCUCAAGUACUCCUCACAAAUUAUUUGAGAUGUCUUCCAUCAGAAGUCGGGACGAAACUGGUGGACGAAGCCUACGUAGACCAACACAGCUUUGCUACUUUCAGCAGGAAGGCCCUAGACAUAGAGGCAAAGCUGGGAUCCACGCAUCAGGUAUCCCAUGAUGGUAGGAAGAGACUCCCCCAGGAUUGGAAGAAGAAGGGUCAGUUGAUGUUCGUUGACCAUGAUGGUCAAACAACGGAGAUUGCCGAUUUCACAGAUUUUGGGGAGGUGACAGAGAAGGAUGGGGCCAGCGAGACUUCAGAUGGGGGAGUUGUGGCACCUAUCAAGGAAAAGGCUAGGGGGCCCGGGAAGAAGAAGGUAGUACGGGCCACGGGUUAGGGCGACCAAGGGACACCCGCAUGGGUGAAGAUUGGUUUAGAUUACGAGGUGUGGAGGGACCGAGUUGCCAAGGGCACAUGCAUGAACUGUG